AUGGAUCUCAAGUAUAUCUCGGAAAACGCAGUUGAGACUGGUGCCAUCAUGUCUCCUAGUGCGACUCCCAACAUGGCGACUCCCCCGAAGCUGCAGAGCUCGUUCUCUUCGAGCGAGGUUCCCACGGUCAAGAGCCCUGGGACUUCGUCUUCAAAGACAAACAAUCAUGCACAGCAGCAUUUCCACAACCACAAUGCCAGCCUUGGCCGCAUCCCAGCUGGUGCGGUCCAUCGUGGCCACAGUCGGGAGCUCUCUUCAGAGAACCCUGCUGUUAGCCGUGAGCAGCACAACUAUCCUUCGAUCCAGUCUGCCCUGCAGGCCAGUGCCGCUCCCUUUGGGCCCAGUACUACAGCUGCAGUGCAACCCUCUGCUAUGGUGAACCCUUCCGCCGGGGCCGCAGCCGUGAACAACAACUACAACAAUAUGUUCUAUUCCGCCAACGGGUACGGCGCUCCUCAAGGCACCCCUCAAGGCGGCAUUCCCCAGGUGAUGCCUCAGGGACCCCCCCAUCAGCCAGGAGGAUACAAUGUCAAUAUGCUCGCGAACAGUAUGCAGCAGAUGAACAUGAAUGGGGCCAACGGCAGCAACAUGUAUCAGCCUCAGAACUACAACGGCUAUAACGCGGGUCCGUACAACCAGGGUAAUCAGCCUCGAGACAGCCAGGCACGCGUCAUUCAGCAUCGCCGACAGCUUGACAAUGAAGGUGAGUCUGCCUCCAGAGUAGUUCCGUAUCAGCACACACUGACUUGCUUUGUAGCCAUGUCUCGCUACCAGAACACGCCCCUUGAUUCCUUCGUGGGCAACAUCUAUGAGCUUUGCAAGGACCAACAUGGCUGCCGUUACCUCCAGAAGAAGCUUGAGGAGCGCAACGCCGAUCAGGUUCACAUGAUUUGGGUCGAAACUAACCAGCACGUCAUUGAGCUCAUGACGGACCCGUUUGGUAAUUAUUUGUGCCAAAAGCUCCUUGAGUUCUGCAAUGACGAUGAGAGGACUACUUUGAUUCAAAAUGCUUCCCAGGAUAUGGUCCGCAUCGCGCUCAACCAGCACGGCACACGCGCACUCCAGAAGAUGAUCGAGUAUGUGAGCACCCCUCAGCAGGUCCACAUCAUCAUCGAGGCUCUUCGCUACCGGGUUGUGGAGCUUAUCCAGGACCUCAACGGCAACCAUGUCAUUCAGAAGUGUCUCAACAAACUUACCCCCCCUGAUGCGCAGUUCAUUUUUGACGCUGUUGGCGGCAGCUGUGUCGAAGUGGGCACUCACCGACACGGCUGCUGUGUUCUUCAACGCUGUAUCGACCAUGCCUCUGGCGACCAGAAGCUGUGGCUUAUCCAGCGAAUCACCGAGCAUGCACGAAUUCUUGUCCAGGACCCCUUCGGCAAUUACGUCGUUCAGUACAUUAUUGACUUGAACGAACCUCUGUUCACCGAGCCUAUCGUUCUCACCUUCAAGGAUUGUAUCACUCAGCUGUCCCGCCAUAAGUUCAGCUCCAACGUCAUCGAGAAGUGCCUGCGCUGCGCCCAGCCACCUUCCAAGGAUCUGAUCGUGGAGGAGCUACUACGCAACCAGGAGAUGGAGCGCCUCCUCCGGGACUCAUUCGCCAACUAUGUCAUUCAGACUGCUCUUGAGUAUGCUACUCCUCAUCAGAAGCAUCGCCUUGUAGAGGCCAUCCGCCCCAUUCUUCCCCAGAUUCGAACAACUCCUUACGGCCGUCGUAUUCAAGCUAAGAUCUCGGCCUUCGACAACCGUGGAAGCGCUGCCUCUAGCGGGCAAGUGACACCAGCCGAUAACACCCAGGGUCAAAUUCCUAUGCGCGCUACUCACGCUCGAGGUAUUUCUGGAGGUGGUCCUAUUCUCCAGGGCAAUGGUAUGCCGCACGGUGGGCCUAUGCCACCUAUGCGCCAGAACAUGCCCAUCUACUCCCCUAACCCCGCCAUGAACGGACAAGUUCCUACUUCUGGUGGACCUGUUCAGCAGCCUCAAUACGGACAGAUGACUCCUGGCAAUUUCGCUCCCAAUGCUGCUGUCAACGGUGCAGCUAAUGGCAGCGCCGGUAACGGUAACUUUGGUGGCCAAGCCAGUGGCAACAGUGUCCCUACGAGCCCUGCCAAUGGCAACGGAAAUGUCAGCACGGGUCAGGGCGAACAGCCCCAGUGGCUUUAG